CCGAUUCGCAUUGUUUCAACUUUAACAAAAGUCUUCAGCAAAUUAACAAGUCGCAAUUCGAGCUCCUUCUACAGAAACGAAGCGAAAAUGGCUGAAAUUAAAGAAAAUGAAUUGCCGAAGCCGUCGGUUCCCGAGCUCUCCGUCACUCUAAACAGAUUCUUGGAAGGAAUCAAAGCAAUUGUUUCCGGUGACAAAUACCAGGAAGCUCGUACAUUGGUCGAAGAAUAUCAAACGUCGGAAGAAAUGCAAAAGCUGCAGCAGCUGUUGAAGGAAUAUGCAGAAAGCCACGAAAAUUACGUAACCGACUUCUGGCUGAACGAUAUGUAUUUAAAAAAUCCUUUGCCACUGCCCAUCAACUCUAAUCCAUUUUUCCUGCUGCCGAAGCGAGAAUUCAAAACGGAUGACGACAGAUUUCGAUUUAUUGCGAAAUUUAUCAUCUUUUCGCUUAUGUUCAAGCAAAGAGUUGACAGCGGCGAAUUAAAGCAAGAACUUUCUGGAGGACAAAGGAAAGGGAAUGCGCUUUCCAUGGCCACGUAUCAUCACUUCUUCACGGCUUACAGAAGACCAGGCGCGACUAACGACGAACACAUUUUUAGUGAAGGCGGCAGCAGACAUAUCAUUUUGAUCUGUAACAAUCAGUUAUUUGCGUUGACGAUACCCGGUAAAAUAGCUCUUCCAAGCGAAAAAGCGCUGGUAGAAAAACUUCAGAUAACCGAUACUUUCAGCAAGCUGGAGCCACACUUUCCGCCAGUGGGAAUUCUCACGGCUCUCAAUCGAAAAGAAUGGGCGAGGAUAAGAGAACGAAUGAUCGAAAGUAAGAGAUCAAAGGCAAAAAUUUACUAUUACGCAGACGAAAAUAAUAAAGAAUCCAUUCAGAUUAUUGAAAAUUGUUUGUUUGUGGUGUGCAUGGACGAAUCGAAUGAAGGAGUGAGGAAACAAACGACAUCGAAGAGCUUUUCGGACGGGAAUCUGGAAAAGAUGGCCCACCACAUCCUUCACGGCAAUAAAAGCGAACAUUCCACCGGUAACAGAUGGUUCGAUAAAUUUAUUCAGUUUAUCGUGACCAAAAAUGGUGUGAACGGAAUUGUGAUCGAACAUUCGGUGUCGGAAGGAAUUACAGUUUUAAGAUUCUGCGAAGAAUUUCUGGAUUUUAUGAAAAGAGAUCAGCCGAAGAGAUCGUCCGACGAUCUACUGACAGUCAGAAGACUCAGCUGGGACCUCGACGAAACUGUCAAAGAAGAGAUCAAAAAUGCAUCGGUCGUUACAGACGCAUUAAUCGAUACGCUGGAACUCAAUGUUUUUAUAUUUGACAAAUACGGCAAAGGUUUGCCGAAAAAACAAAAAAUCAGUCCCGAUGUGUUCAUUCAGUUGUGUUUGCAGUUGACAUACUACAGAAUGCAUGAAAAAAUGACGGCCACUUACGAAAGUGCCGCUUUGAGGAAAUUCAGAUUCGGUCGCAUCGACAACAUUCGCGCUUCCAGCCAAGAGGCUUUGGAUUUUUCAAAGUCCAUGUUAGAUCCUUCUCUGAGUCAGGCUGAAAAAUGGGAUAAAUUUCAAAAAGCCGUGAAAAAGCAAACCGAAAUUCUUCUCUACACAAUCAACGGAGAAGGACCGGAUAACCAUCUUCUGUGCUUAAAGGAAAUGGCUGCUCUGCACGGUUUACAAGAACCGGCACUUUAUCAAACAGAUUAUUACAAAGAGUACCUGAAUUUCCGCUUAUCCACCAGUCAGCUUCCCACGACCUACGACAUCGUAGUUGGAUACGGUCCCGUAGUGCCCGACGGAUACGGAUGUUCGUACAAUCCACAGGAAAAUCGUAUCGUCUUUUGCAUUUCGUCGUUCAAAAACGACCCCUCGACCGACUCGGAGAGAUUUGCACAGAACCUGGAAGUGAGUUUGAUGGAGUUGAAGGAGCUUUGUGAGAGUGGGAAGACUGCAGUUUCCACCAGCUCACCGACAAAGGCUGUAGUUAAAGCUGAAGCAAAGUAAUUGGAUGAAAAAAAUAUUAAUCCAAUCGGCGAAUUGCACGUUUUCGGUUUAAGCUGCAGAAUUUCAAGUUCAAAAUCGUUUAAUAAUGAUUGAAAAUUUAUUUAAUAAAUUUUA